UACAGGCUUUCUGCUUAUAUCUUAAAAGUAUGAUAUUAAGUUAGAAUAUGUUGACUCAUGUGUUUCUUCAUAAGGCAUAUCAUCCUAUAUGCUGACAGAACUGAUACAAGUGGUAGAAAUUAUUUGGUCUUUAUUAUACAUGCACUGUACAUUUUUCUAUGCUUCUCUAUCAAGCAGUUACGAUAUAGCAAGACCCAUGUUCCCUAAGCGAGCUUUACUGAGGUGUACUAUAGUCUGGGCAUAAGGCAGAAAACUCUUUGAUAGGGUAAACCACCAUUGUAUUCUCUAAGAUGUGAAACUUUGAGAUCUUAAGUAAGAACAGGUUUAAAAAAGAAAUACUAGAAUAAAAGAGAGUUUUAAAAAAGUGGAAUAAAACUGGAAUAAAAGAAAGUAAAUCCUGCCAGAGCCACCGCAGCCAACGACAUGUUCAAAGUAAUUCAGAGGUCCAUGAGGCCAACCAGCCUACACUUGUUCACCUUCAAAGUCUAUGCAGCACCAAAAAAGGACUCAUCUCCCCAAAAUCCCGUGAAGGUUGAUGAGCUUUCACUGUACUCAGUUCCUGAGGGUCAAUCGAAGUGUGUAGAAGAGUCAAGGAGCCAGCUUGAAGAAGGCAUCUUACAGUUCCAACGCUAUUGUGAGACAUACACAAAUUUGUGUCAGGAAACAUACUCCCAAACUAAGCCUAAGAUGCAAAGUUUGGUUCAGUGGGGGUUAGACAGCUAUGAAUAUCUCCAAAAUGCACCUCCUGGAUUUUUUCCAAGACUUGGUGUUACUGGUUUUGCUGGCCUUAUUGGACUCUUUUUGGCUAGAGGUUCAAAAAUAAAGAAGCUAGUGUGUCCACCUGGUUUCACAGGAUUAGCUGCCUUUAUCUGUUAUCCACAACACGCCAUCGUGUUUGGCAAGGUCAGUGGGGAGAGGUUAUAUGACUGGGGUUUAUGUGGAUAUAUAGUAACAGAAGAUUUGUGGAAGGAGAACUUUUAAAAGCCAGGAAAUGUGAAGAAUUCACCUGGAACUAAGUAGAAAACUCCAUGCUCUACCC